AUGGCCACGCCCCUCCUCCGCGGAACCCUGCGCCUGUGGGGCGGCCGCGGUGCACCGUGCCUGCCGCUGGCCUCGAGAUGUUAUCAUUCUGGAGGUGAAGAACGUCUAGAAACUUGUUCUGCUAAAAAAUUAACAGAUAUAGGAACUAGAAGAAUCUUCUCUUUAAAACAUGACAUUUUCCGGGAAAGUGUAAGGAAGUUUUUUCAAGAAGAAGUGAUUCCUUAUCAUGCAGAAUGGGAGAAAGCUGGAGAAGUGAGUAGGGAGCUUUGGGAAAAAGCUGGAAAACAAGGACUACUUGGAAUCAAUAUUGCAGAUCGCCAUGGUGGCAUUGGGGGGGACUUGUAUUCAUCAGCUAUUGUUUGGGAGGAGCAAGCAUAUUCAAAUUGUACAGGACCAGGUUUUAGUCUUCAUUCAGAUAUCGUCAUGCCCUAUAUUGCAAACUAUGGUUCAGAAGAACAGAUGAAGCGCUUCAUCCCCGAGAUGGUUGCAGGGAAAUGUAUUGGUGCCAUAGCAAUGACAGAGCCUGAGGCUGGAAGUGAUUUGCAAGGAAUAAGAACAAAUGCCAAAAAGGAUGGAAGUGACUGGAUUCUUAAUGGAAGCAAGGUAUUUGUCUCUAAUGGGUGGCUGUGUGACGUUGUGAUCGUAGUGGCAAUCACAAAUCGCGAGGCUCACUCUUCUGCCCAUGGCAUUAGCCUUUUUCUGGUGGAAAAUGGAAUGAAAGGAUUUAUCAAGGGACGAAAGCUAGAUAAAAUUGGACUAAAAGCCCAGGAUACUACAGAAUUUUUCUUUGAAGAUGUACGGUUGCCAGCAGGUGCCCUACUUGGAGAAGAGAAUAAAGGCUUCUAUUACCUCAUGCAAGAGAUUCCACAGGAAAGGCUGAUAAUUUCCGAGAUAGCAGUUUCAGCCAGUGAAUUCAUGUUUGAGGAAACCAGGGACUACGUUAAACAAAGAAAAGCUUUUGGGAAGACAGUUGCAGAUUUACAGACGGUGCAGCAUAAGCUGGCAGAAUUAAAAACAUCCAUAUGUGUAGCCAGAGCUUUUGUGGACAGCUGUCUCCAGCUGCACAGAGCGAAACAUUUGGACCUUGCCACUGCUGCCAUGGCGAAAUACUGGGCAUCUGAUGUGCAAAACAGAGUAGCUUAUGACUGUUUGCAGCUGCAUGGAGGUUGGGGAUACAUGUGGGAGUAUCCCAUUGCAAAAGCUUAUGUGGAUGCCCGUAUCCAGACAAUCUAUGGUGGUACCAAUGAAAUAAUGAAGGAGCUGAUUGCAAGAAAGAUCAUCCAUGACCAGUAG